GCCAAAAGUAAGGGCUUUUUGUAUAGAAAAUAAUAUAAAAACUUUUUUAUUUUGCAUUUAUAAAAUGAGUUUUAAUGGAUCAGUAGAGCUUUCAAAUACCCCAUCAACAAGACCAGAAUCACAUGCACUUCGUUAUGGCUGGGUGUUUUGGUUCAUGCACAGAUCUCCUGGAGAGAAAAUAGUAGAUUAUGAAGGAGCCAUGAAAAAAAUAGCAACAUUCAAGACUGUUGAAGAGUUUUGGGCUGCAUAUAGUCAUUUACGUCGUCCGAGUGAUUUACCAAAUAUUAGUGAUUAUCAUUUAUUUAAACAAGGCGUACGACCUGUUUGGGAGGAUGAUGUGAAUAUAAAUGGUGGGAAAUGGAUUGUAAGAGUCAAAAAGGGGUUAGCAAGUAGAUAUUGGGAAUCAUUAGUAUUGGCAAUCAUUGGAGAUCAAUUUGAUGUUAAUGAUGAAAUAUGUGGAGCAGUAUUGUCAAUUAGAGGAUCAGAGGAUAUUAUUUCUGUUUGGAAUAAGACAUCAUCUAAUGGAAAGAUAAACUUGAAGAUUAGAGAUACUAUCAAAAGACAUUUAAACUUACCAGCUGAUACAAUCAUGGAAUAUAAAACACACAAUGAUGCACUUAGAGACAAAUCCAGUUUCCGUAAUACUGAUGUAUUUCGAUAAAAAAAAAAAUAGGGCCAAUUAAAUUUGAAAACAUAUCUCUUUCUUUUCUUUUUUCUUUUUUUU